AGGAACACACACACACACACACACACUAGUACACAGAUCCUACAGAGUGAUGAUGUGCUUUCAGAACUACCACCAGUAGCAUGUUUGGUUUUGGUGUUGCUGAUUUGCUGGUGUAAAUUAAUUUAUUCUGCUAUUAGUUCUUAGAACCAAAAACACCACAGGAGGAACAGGAAGGGUUGAACUCCGUCACACACAAACACACACACACAUCACAUAGCUGCAUUUAGAGGAAACACACAGAGAAGGAAGACUGACACUGAGCCUAAAGUCACAUUCAGUUUCCAGCUCUGUACAAACACACAGAAGACAAAGAAAACGAGGAGUGGAAUCAACAGGAGAGGAAGAUGGCAUCCAUCCCCUGUGCUCUGAUGGUGUUGCUGAUCUGCCUGAGUCAGGACCACAUGGGUGUCCAAGGAUGGAUUCCCACUGUCUUCUCCAGUGUGGGUGGGGAUGCCACUCUUCCCUGCAAUAAAGAGGUUCCUCCAGACUGCUCUUCUACUGAAUGGAUUUAUGCUGGCCCUAAAGCUAUUGGAGAAGUGGUCAUCAAGGGAAAGAUCAGUUAUACUGCAUUCCCUCACAGAGCUAGGAGACUGAGUCUGGGCUCUGACUGUUCUCUCCACAUUACUGAUGUCACCACUGAGGAUGCUGGAGUCUACACCUGUAACAGUGAGGAUGUUUAUCUGUCUGUUCUUCAGGUCACUGCUUCCCCCAGUGAGACUGAGAUGGAGGCAAACAGUACUGUGACUCUCCAGUGCGUCCUGCACACACCUGAUAACUGGGAUGGAGUAGAUAACGGAUUUAGUCUGAGCUGGGCAGAUGAGAAAAUAAAAAAGCUGGAGAACAUUCAGAAUUGCCAGAUCAAAACCCCAGUUGCCCCACUUCCCUGUUCCAUCACACUGACUGAGGAGCUCAGAGGUCCAAACCCUGUUCAUACUCACACAUGCCAACUGACUGCAGGAGGGCAGAUUAAGACUUCUGUCUCCCACACCAUCAGAGUGAAAGGUUAG